AUGACUACCGCGUGGUCGUACGCCUACGAUGCAAAGGCGCAGGCUGGGUCUGAUGGGAAUUUUGACUAUGAUUCCAUCAAUAAGGAAGUGGCACGUGCCGUGGUCAAGGUAUUUGACAUGCGAAGCGUCCCAGUGGGAGGGUAUGCCUACGCUUCUCAGGGGUGGCUCCUGGGAUACGGCCUGCGUAACGAAGUUGCUCUUGCGACUGACGGCAACAAUGCGGUCUGGGGUGUAGAAAACAGCGGAGACGAAUUCGCCCGCACAGUCAACGGCCAGAGCUACGAUAUCCACAAAGAUAACCCAGCAGAUGAGCUCAACUUCCUCGGCAACCCUUCUGAGCCAAAUGAACAAUGGUACGGAUACCCAACUUGCUUUACCGUCUGGGAACCUUCCGUCAUCACCGACAAGAGCCUCGCGGUCGGCGGCCAGUUUGUUGUCGCCCCCAAUGACACUUUUAACGACGAUAGCUGCACUCAGCGCUCUGUUGCCCCGAGACUCUCGUUCCAGGCGCACAGCGCCCCUAUCGGCGCCGCCUUCGACGCUUCUUUCCAGAACUUGUACGUGACACUCCACGGAUCCUGGAACAGGUCGCCCGCGACAGGCUUCAAAGUCUCCGUUAUCCCCUUUACAAAGCUCUCGAACGGAAAUUAUGAUCCAGUUGCGGCGGCGGACUCCAAGACUGGCUGCAUAGACAUCCUUUGGAGCACCAACGUCGACACCUGUACGGGUUCGACGUGCUUUAGGCCGUCUGGCAUUACGUGGGACCGUUCCUUCUCAAGAUUAUUCGUUGCCAGUGACAACGAUGCCGAGGGAGAGUUAUUUAUUCUUACAAAGUCUUGA